AGCCCAUUCGUAUCCGUUCGCCGAUCCGAACUGUUUUAUUCAAACUUGUUACUUGUUAAACAUUCUAUUAUUAUUAUUAAAUUAUUGUUAAUAUUAUUAUAAAAUUUAUUAUUAUUAAGUUAUUGAUGUGUGCAUAUAUUUAUAUGGUCCAGAUCCUGAAAAGUGCCAAUCUGCAGUCCAGAUUUUUAUCAACCUUGUUCGUCGCCAGAGAUGGUCGGGUUCUAUGACGAGAAAUCCCUUAUUCUACCGUCAAGCACCGAACCAGUAAGCGUCAAUAAGUUGGUGUGCAGCCCAGACUUACCGCUCCCUGCAUUCACGUCCCAACCUGCCGAAACGCAACCAUUGGCAGAAGAACCUUGUCCGACUUGCAACAAAAUGUUCGCCUCCAAGACGGCCCUGCAACUCCACCAACGUCAAACCCAUACAAAAGAUGUCGGUCCGGAUCCGUACCGGUGUAACAUAUGCUCGAAAACGUUCGCCGUGCCGGCCAGACUGACCCGCCAUUAUCGCACUCACACCGGCGAGAAACCAUUCACCUGCGAGUUCUGCGAUAAAAGUUUCAGCGUCAAAGAAAACCUGAGCGUCCACCGGAGGAUCCAUACCAAAGAGCGGCCGUACAAGUGCGAAGUGUGCUCCAGAGCCUUCGAACAUUCUGGAAAACUUCACAGACACAUGCGGAUUCACACGGGCGAACGCCCCCAUAAAUGUAGCGUUUGUUCGAAAACUUUCAUCCAGUCCGGACAGUUGGUGAUUCACAUGAGAACGCACACCGGUGAGAAACCAUACGUGUGCAAUGUAUGCCAAAAAGGCUUCACCUGCAGCAAACAACUUAAAGUUCACUCGAGAACCCAUACCGGAGAAAAACCAUACUCCUGUGAAAUUUGCGGGAAAUCUUUUGGGUACAAUCACGUGCUGAAGCUCCACCAGGUAGCGCACUACGGAGAAAAAGUGUACAAGUGCACCAUAUGCCAUCACACCUUUAACUCCAAGAAAACGAUGGAGACGCACAUCAAGAGCCAUUCGGAGAGUGUGACUGCAGUGGUGCAGCACCCCGCCCAACCACCUACGCCACCCUCCUCCAACCCAUCUAGUGAAUCCGGAGUGAGCGACAAAGAAAACUCGAAAAGCUCAAUAGAAGACAGCCUGAUGACCCAAAAAACUUCUUUGGAAGCGGACAGUGUGUACUACUUAUACACCCACGGAGGUUUAUCCCCGAAUUAUUUACCUUCCUACCACAGUUCGUCGGGGGUUGAAAUACUUGCGGCGGCGGCCACCGCCAGGGAAUCCCAAUCGAGUCAGGACUUACUUUUUAGUUUCAUGAAGUCACCGCGGCCUCAGACUUACUUUCCAUUGACUGCGGCGGUACCACCUGCCCCGCCUCUUACCGCCGGGGAUGACAUUAGGAAGCGAGUGGAAGCCGCCUUGAUUAUGGAUUCGGAUCCUUGUUACUUGGAGAGGGAUCGUGCCAUGACCCCGCCCAGUUCGAAUCCGGUGUCCCCGAGUGCUUCGGUGACCCCACCGAACUCGCCCGAUCCGGAGCUCAGUUUACCUCCAAGAAAACGAUCCAGGAUGAUUCAGAGGUCGAUAGAGGACUCUAAUGGGUUCUCACCGGUUAGGUAUAGUGUUAUUCAAUAUGCUGGAUCAGUGGAGUAGGUUAUUUUUUGGAUAUUUUCGAUAGAAGUGUGUUAUAAUAUGCCUUAAAUAAGAAAUUGUAAUUAUUUAAGUAUUUUUAUCCAGGGUUGCAAGGCGGGUCAUUUAGUUUUAUAGCAUUUAAAACUAUCGAGUGCGAUCCUGUAUAUACUUUUUAUUGGUUAAAAUACUCACCUUGACUAAUGAAGGUUGGCAUUUCAACCAAUAGAAAGGAUUGCGUAACUUAAUACGCGUGCAUGUAAAUAUAACCUUAUUCGUUGGUAUGACAGGACCGCCUUCAGUUUUUUUUUUUAAUAAAAAUAAAUCCCCCAUUUUCCCAAAUUUGUAAAAUAUUUAUUUGUUAACUUAAUAUAUCGUUUCUUAUACUAGUAAUAAUAGACACUAAAGUGCACGUAAUAUUUAAAAUUAUAUAUUUUUUUUGUUCUGUGAUAUAAACGUUUUAAUUAGGUAUUUUUCUAUUAGGCCUAGAGUGGACGUAUGCAAUAUUUGUAAAACAAAAUGUUUUCGAGUGCAAAGGCUUAACACUUAUUACUUAGGGGCAUUCAUCUGGCAACAUAUGGCAACACCUCGAGCAUUGAGUGUCUAACACCGUCUUUGCGGCGUUGCCAUAUGCCACUGAAAAUUUUCUGAUUAAUGCCCUUAAAGGAAUUAUGCAAUUUUUAAAAUGAAAUUUUGUUUUUCUUGUUUAGGUAAAUUAAAUUAACUUUGUGUGUGCGUAUAUAUGUGUCGAGUUUUGUGCUUUUGUUUUAGACUUAUAUUUAAAUAUAUACAUACAUUAGCAUAAUUAUUAUUAAAACAAAUGUUAAUUUUUUUUGUACAAUUUAUUGUUUUUUUUUUGUAAGAGUAACGUACUGCAUUAUGUAAGUCUGAAUUCUCACUCGGUGGGAGUGUGUUGUAUUCCAUAGUAAUAUUGUAUUUUCUUUUGUCUCUAAGUAUCUUAUACAUUAAUCUAACUAAAAUAUUAAAAAAACCCUUU